AUGGACGAAGAUGGGAGCGAUGUUGAGGUAAAUUUCAUUCCUUUACUGGUUUGUAAAUUAAAUCUAAGUACUUUAGUCAAUAAUUCUAUUCAAUUAUAUCAAUAGAUUGUUGAGACCACUACAAAGUCUUUGGCAUUGCCUUUUGUUAUCAAAGUGGAAUCACUAGACCCCAUCGAGGUUCAUAUUUCACUUUUACUUUUACAUGUAUUUAUAAAAUUAAAUAUUUAAUUAUAAUUUUAUAUAGUCACUGACAAAAACUGACACUUCCCUGGACAAUUUUAUGAAAGCAUAAAUUUAAAAGGAGCUAGAAUUUAGCAAAUAAAAUGUGUCGUUGUUGCACCACGAGUUGCACGUUUUUACAUUGUCAAAUGCCAAUGCAAAUGAUAUAAUGUUAGAUGUAUAAUUUGUCAAUUGAACUUGUAAUUGUCUGAUUUUUUUAAGAUUGACUCGGAUAAAGAAAAUGCAAACCCAGAAAGGUAAUACAGUUUUUUACAAUACAAAUUUUCGUGAUUUAUGAUCUGGUACGGUAAUGCCCCAAAUUUUCCAAGGCAUUUUUUACACCCCUCCCCUGGAUUUUCCAUUGUCCUCAACCCCCCGUGCGGAAUAAAUGCGAUCUGCCAAUAAGUGUUCUCAAUUUGUUUACAUUUUUGAGACAUGCUAGAAGCAGCUGCAACUUCAGACCUUUAACCCCAAUAUAUUUUCCAAACUUUAUAGUCCUUUUGCCAUAAUCAUAAUUCUUAACUCUUAAUCUAUUUGAAAUAACUUUUAAUUUCUAACAAAAAAUCUGAACACUAGUAAUCAUCACUCAACCAUAAUUUAUAUUACAAUGCAUUUGAAAUAUAAUAGUAAUACAGCUCCUUACCAGGUUCAUUGGAAAUUUGAUGGCACAAAUUAUCAUGCAGAUAAACAUUUUAAUUGAUGCUUGAUCCCCUCCAAAUUAAUUGACACACAAUACCCAUUUACAUGGUGGUAUGAUCCAUGAUGAUAUUAUUAUUGAUAUGCAGCUUUAUAUGUUAGGGAGUGGUCAUUAUUUAUGGGGAGGGGGGUUGGUAAAUGUAACAUCCUUGUUAUGUCAUGGCCGUAACAAACUUAUUAGCACAGCCUUGUAACAAGGCUGAUAAUGCAAUCAAGCUUGUUAUAAGUUGUUAACAGCUUGUUUCAAACUUGUUACAACAAACUGGGAAUAAGCAGUGCGAACACAACUUGUUGACAGCUUGUGAACAGACUUGUAACAACUUGUUUGCAGACUUGUUACAACUUGUGCGUUUUUACGUGUGUAGUUGUGGUUGGUUCAUGUUAUCUGUAACGAGAGUUAAACAUAACCAUGUUUCAAUAGUGAAGGGCCUUAUAAAUUAAAUUCUGAGUGCCUUCGCGCAAAACUUCAAAAUUUUUUGCUCUCUUGGAGGCCAAAUUUUAAAUUCAAUUUUUUUACAAUUAUUUUAUCUUUAGGUUAGUGUCAGUAAAAAACAGCAAAGUCCUUAUGUUCCUUUAAUGAAUAUCAAUGACAACAUGUUCAACGCAAUUCCUGUCAACCCACCAUUUACGUAUCCACCAAAUCAAACGAGCAAUAUUUCACCUGGUCACAGUCUGCAAACCAGCCAAGCAACAGCAUAUUUACGUUACAACCAAUUACCUAACACCCAAACACCUAGCUGUCAUCCAAACAUGGAGUGCCUAUCUCCUGAGAAUAACCAACCCUGGCAAAAUGGAAAACCAUUUUAUGUUUGUCGAAUUCAUGGCAAUAUAUCUCGAUGCAAUGGCUGCCGAGGAAUCAUUGACAAGGAACCACCCCCUAAUGUUCUUGUGAUAAUGCACGAGGAAUGCCAUUACUAUCCGCAUCCCACAACAAGGCAGAUAGUUUUGGGCAUGACACCAAAGCCAAAAUAUUACCAUUUCCAAUUACCAUGCCUGAGAUCAAAACAUCCGACAUUCUCUUUCAGAGAUCUAGUUCCAGGCUCUUCAGGACCACAGUUAGAAGAAUCACAUUUCCAAUUUAUUCAACACUACUCUUAUUAUGGUUAA